CGCGUACAUAUUGGUCGUCGACCACCAUCUCCUGUCAUGCAUUUUUUCGGCACGAGUGUUCAUUUCAUACUGUUACAUUUUCAAACUUGCGCCGUGGUGGCCAUAGGAGCCUGGAGGAAGCCCCACGAAAAAUGACUCGACAUACAGCCAACGACAGACACCUUCAUCUUGACCGCCACCUAGCUCAGGGAUAAUGCAGUCGUCAACGCACCGAGAGGUGGUCACCGUCGGGAUCCUUGCCCUGCAAGGUGCAUUCGUCGAGCACCAGGCCACCCUCCAGAAAGUAUCACUGAGGCGACGGAUACACAUCGUGCAAGUUCGAACACCAGAGGACUUGGCGAAGUGCGAUGCCCUCAUCAUUCCCGGCGGAGAGUCGACCACUAUUGCACUGCUUGCACGGCUAGCUGGCCUGUUGGCCCCCCUUCGAGAUUUUGUGAAGACAAAGCCGGUGUGGGGAACAUGUGCUGGCGCGAUACUGCUAGCGCAGGCGGCCGAGGGUACCAAGAAGGGCGGGCAGGAGCUGCUUGGGGGAGUGUCUGUCACGAUCAUGAGGAAUGGUUUCGGGUCUCAGGUGGAAUCCUUCGAGGCACCGUUGACAGUCGAUGGCCUGCGUGACUCUGACCGGCCAUUUCAUGGUGUCUUCAUUCGCGCCCCUGUCGUCCUCUCUCUCGACCCCUCAUCGAACGACCCUCCCAUCGAGGUCGUUUCUCGCCUGUCUGCGAGUCUGCUCCCCCAUAACCAAACAACCAUUCCCCUAGACGCGGGCAAUACCGAUCCGAACGACCCACGGACCAUCGUUGCCCUCCGGCAGGGACGCCACCUGCUCACGACAUUCCAUCCCGAGCUGACGAAGGACGAUCGUUUCCACGAGUACUUCAUCCGGCAGUGCGUCCUGCCCUCGCUAUCGUAACAACCUAGAGUGUCACUGGCAUAGACUCGGCCCCUAGACGGACGGAGCCACGAGCGACAUCACCCAUCUACGUGUACGUAUCAAUCUAUGUAUCGCUGCAUAUGUAUCCACAGGCUACCCCUUGCUCUAGACAUCUAUCCCGUACAUACUAAUGCUAGACCGCCCGGAUUUGGCCCGGAUACUGUUUUUGUUCCUCGCUAUUUGUGGCGCAACACAUGCUUCCAUCCGUCUGGCGACGCUCGACAUGAAUAGUCAAUGAAAA